AUGUCUACACGGUCUAGCUCUACACGUCCGAACAAUGCUAGAAAGCGUGCUCCUAAAGCAUAUAUCAACAGCCUUCAAGAAAGGCUUGCCUCGUUGGAGAGAAAGGCAAAUCAGCAGGCUACUGGUCAAUCGAAAAACCCAGAGCUAGAUGAAUCAAUACAGGUGUCAGAUCUGAACAGCAACAUCCCAGAUCUUGUUGUCAAGGCCUCAGCUUCAAUAUCGCCUUAUGCAUCAGCCCAUACCCAAAGUCAUCAACAUAAUGCCCAAGGAAACGCACCUCUGAUUAAUCCCCUAGCUUUCCAUACCUACGACUUUGUCCCAGGUCUUAAAAGUCAUCUUCUCUUCAUGGGAACAUCGUCAAACUGGUCCUUCAAUAGAAGAGUUCUGACAAUGACACAUGAGCGCAUCAAGGGAACAGCUUUACCGACUCACAACCUGCAUUUUUCGGGACUUGAAGGAAAGAUAUUCGACUUCAAGUGGGAUGGGACGAGGAAGACACCUGGGGAAGCACCCGACAUGAGCUCACUUCCAACCAAAGACUUUGCCCUCUACCUCAUCAAUUCAGUCAAGUUCCACUGCGGAUGGCUAUAUACUCUGUUCGACGAAGACCUCUUCAUGGAACGAUUCCACCGCUUCCAUGAACAUCCUGCAGAGUACUCACGAGCCGAGCCUCUCUGGUUUGUUCAUUAUCUUCUCGUCGUAGCACUUGGAAAGGCCUUUGUGGUUCAGUCUACCAAAUCUAGACGUCCUCCUGGAGGUGACUUGUUCAUACAGGCUAUGAAGCUCAUGCCAGACUUUAGCUUCUUCGAAUGCAACAUCAUAGACGAGAUGCAAGUCCUCUGUUGCGCUGCCAUCUACCUACAUUCCGUUGAUCACAUUCAACAGGCCCACCGUCUGGUCUGCAAUGCUCUUCGUCAUGGUUUAGAACACGGAAUACAUACCGAAAUGCAAUCCACUGCUCUUGACAAAUCUUAUGUAGAUAAAUGUCGACAUAUGUUCUGGACCAUCUACAUCCUCGAACGUCAGAUGGGCUCUCUAAUGGGACUCCCAUUGAGUAUAUCUGACGAUGUUAUAAGCGCGCGUUUCCCGGCCUUUCCAGGACAGCCAGAAAAACUGGAGGCUCUCAAGAUACAUGUCGACUUUUGCAGAGUGCUUGCCAAGAUAGACCAGACUGUAUAUGGGCUCGAAGGAAAACUCGACAGUCGGUAUCUAGAAGCCACGCAAUCGGUACUCAAAAGUAUUGCUGUUGUAACAGAACGGCUUAAUAAAUCAUUUGAGAUCCAAUCAAGUGAAGGAAUGGCUGGCAUAUCACGAAUUUCAGCUCAUCUCCAUCUUCUACAGCACCAAUGCAUUAUUCUUACCACGAGGCCAUUACUCUAUACCUUUCUUCUUUCCAGGCUGGGUCAUCUCGAGGUAGCUCUGAUGCAUUGGCUACAGUCUGAGAGCGUAAUGGGUCUUGUCCAGAUGUGUACCGAGUCCGCUCAGCAGAUCCUCAGAAUUCUCUCGAGCCUGUCUGACCAGGGACUAUUAGAAACAUUUCUGCGGUUCGACCAUGAUGCAACCUUUACCGCUACUAUCGCACUACUCAUGGCAGCUGCGAUCGACUCGUCGCUGUUACCAGAUCAUUCUCCAUGGACACAACGCGCCUACGCCAUUUUUGACGAGAUGGGCUCUCGCGGUAACCCCGUAGCCAACAUGGUUGCAUCUGAACUUCAGCAAUUGGAAGGGUUACUCCAAGAGUUUCUCGUCCACAAUGAUUCAAGAACCUUGGUUGCAGCACAGAGCCAUGGCACUCCACGAGAAGGGCUAGCUGAUGAUACAGAUACAGCCGCAGCAACUAUUGCUGGGUAUAAUGAUCCGUUCAAUCUCGAUUCUGGUGAUGAAUUUGGGCUGGGGUUGAGCUAUGAGCUCAGUGCAGAGCAGCUGCUCAAUGUUGCGAAUUCUUUGGAUAUUGAUAGUUUGACAUGGCCAUGGCCUGAGGACCCGAUGGUAGAGGAUAUGGAGGGAUCUUAG